UGUUUGUUUACAAUUGAGAGAAAUUUUAAUUCAACUGAUUAAAUGUUUUCCUCUUAUUUUUUUGAUUGAGUUAAUUUUUGGUUAUUAAUUUAAUGAGUUAAUUUAUGUCUUUUAAGUGGUUGUCCAUCACAUCCUUUAGGAUCUCAUUGAUUUACUUUCUUUGGUUUACCAAUUAUGUUUUCUCAAUUCAUGUUCCUUGUGAAAAUCUAGAUCUUGAUUUCUUAGAAUGUGAAGCUCCAUUGGAUCUGAAAGGGAACAAAACAGCUUAUGAAGAAUUAAAAUAUGGAUGCUUGAAAUUUGGUGGACAAAGUUACGAAGAGGUUAACCGAACCAAAGUAAAUUGUACAGUUUUACCUGGAAUAGGUUGUUAUGGUAAUAGAACCUUCAUGAAAGAUGGAUUUCCGUGCAUAAAGUACACUGGACACUAUUUUGUUACUACAUUGCUUUACUCUAUUCUAUUGGGAUUCCUAGGAAUGGAUCGUUUUUGUUUAGGUCAUACGGGAACCGCUGUUGGUAAACUACUUACAUUGGGAGGAGCUGGUAUCUGGUGGAUUAUUGAUGUAAUUUUACUCUGUACAGGACAUUUAAUGCCAGAAGAUAGUAGCAAUUGGAUGCCUUAUGCUUAAUUUAUGUAAAAAGAAAAAGUUCUUGUACAAAAAUCUGACCCUUUCCAAUGUCAUAACCUUACGCUGUUUAGCCUUCACUCAAUUGUCUAAUAUUUCUAAUUUUCCUUCCCUUUAACUGACCACAAGAAGAUCCAAAAAUUUGUUGCUCUGGAAAAUAGUCACUCCACUGAUAAUCUAAUUCCAUUCUCAUCUAAUCAACACGACAAUUUGUAUAAUAAUUUGACUGGACACAUAUUUUGAUUCCUUUACCACCAACAUCAUUCAUCAUUCAUAAUCAUCAUUGUUACAACCAGAAAAUGAGAAAUUAAAAACAUUAAUUACAAAUCUAAA